AUGCAAGUAUGGUUCUCACCAUUUGAAAUCUGCCACCUGAUCCCUGAAGAGGAAGAAGUGGGUGAUUUCAUAAGAAUCACACCCAAGCUUCUCAAAGCAGUACCGGCAUUGGCCAUAGGACAAGCUUUGUCAAAAGAAAUCUCACUUAUCCAUAUAGGGGGAGAUACUGAUGAUAGCGUGGAUGAAGCUGAUGACAUGAAAAUCCACGAAGGAUGGAUGGAAUAUACUGAAGAGGAGCGAGGUUCAGAAUGGGUCAAGGAAGGAUUCCACCCAAUGGAUGGGGUAAAUGCUAUUGGGAAUGAUGAUGGGAUUAAGGAGGAAAUCUCAUCCCCAGAGGUUCCAAGAGGGGAAUGGACUGUGUCUAGAGAAGACUUCGAACGCUGGAGCAUGAGCGUAUUUGAUCAAAUAUCAGACAUACUAGACAUCUCCACUAAUACUCAAGAAAUCCUUUACUGGGCAUCUUCUCUAUUCUCGGAUCUACUCAUCGUGGGUCUUGAUGUCGAAUGGUGUCCAAGUUUCAGCCGCAGCGUUGAGUAUAAGGUUACCAUUUUACAGCUUUUCGUGGAACGCACUUGUCUGGUAUUUCAACUCCUUUACGCGGAUCACAUAUCCAAUUCUCUUAUUGAUUUCCUGAAAAACCCAAAUUUGAGAUUUGUUGGAGUGGGAAUCGAGGGGGAUGUCGAGAGGCUAUUGGAGAAUCACGAAGUGAAUGUCUUGAACAAUCUGGAUCUUCGUUCCUUGGCUGCAAAGAGGUUGAGUAUGCCGAAGCUGAGGAGUUCUAGGUUGAAAGAGCUAACAAGAGAGGUACUUGGAGAAGAAAUAGGGAAGCCCAAGAAGGUAACGAUGAGUAGAUGGGAUGCAGAGUGGCUCACAUACAAUCAACUUCAAUACGCUUGCCUCGACGCUUUUCUUUCUUUUGAGAUUGGAAAGACCGUGGAAGAAGAGAAAGGAGUGGUGAUCCAGAAUCUGAUUGACAUCGUUAAUGAGAUCUCUGCAAGCUCCGACUACAGAUGUGCCAUCAAGGAGCAUUUUCGCAACCUAGCAAGGCGAUUGAAGCUCUUAUUGCCCAUUUUGGAAGAGCUCAGCGACAGCAAAAACCCCAUCCCGGAGGACACUCUGAUUGCCCUCACUUAUUUGAAGGAGCUCCUCCGAUUGGGUAGUCCAGAGAGAGAAUUUUAUUUAAUCCUGGAAAGGGUGCAAAUGAACCGAUUCCAGAAAGUGACAGCUUUGCUGGAGGAAGCUCUGAGAGAAAUUUCCUAUGACAAACUCAAGAUAUCAGUUGAAGCUAGGGAGCAGGUUGAGCUAGCUCUAACUCAGCUUAGAAGAGCCAAAGGACAAGUUGAUGCUCCUGAAAGUGAAAAGUGUCCAUCAAGUGGCUAUACACAGCCAUCGGCUAUUGGGAAUCCAAAAUCUCUGGUCAGUCCAGAUGAUUUACGCUGGCUGAUACUCACGGAGUUAAAGAAAGGUCCAAUUAUUGAAUCCACAGGAGAGACCUAUGAGCAAUCAUACAUUGAGAAAUUGCUUGAAGCGGGGGAUCCCAUGUGUCCAAAGAUGCAACAGAAGCUUUCCAGUGCUGCCUCGACGCCGAACUCUGUCUUGCGUGACCUCAUAAUUGAGUGGUGCAAACGUGUCAAGGUUGAUACUCUCCUUUGCAGACUUAAGUCUGACAACCUUGAGGACCAGAAAUCAGCUGCAAGUGAUCUAUGCCUUCUUGCCAAGGGCAAUGAUGCCUACCGUGUGUACAUUGCUGAGGCCAGUGCCAUUCCCCUCCUUGUUGACCUCCUCUACAAUUCUGAGCUAUGCAAGCAUGCUAUCACUGCCCUUCUAAACCUUUCCAUUUGUGAGGGUAACAGAGGGAGUAUUGUAUCUUCUGGGGCUGUCCCUGGUAUUGUACACGUACUCAGUGAAGGGACCAUGGAGGCACGGGAAAAUGCAGCAGCCAUAUUAAUCAGACUUUCUAUGGUGAAUGAUGAAAAUAAGGUGACAAUUGGUAAAUCAGGCGCAAUACCAAAACUAGUGAAACUGCUUAGUGGAGGUAGCCAAAAGGGAAAGGAGGAUGCAGCAACAGCCCUCCUCAAUCUGUGCAUGAACCAAGAGAACGUGGAAAGGGCAGUGCAGGCUGAAGUAGUGCACACACUGAAGAGAAUGCUGACCGAACGUGAACGUGGAAUUGUGGAUGCAGCAUUGUCCAUACUAGUUACACUGGCUACCAACCCUGAGGGGAAGGCAGCAAUAGAAGCCGAAGAUGUGCCAGAUCUGCCUUUAUCAUUUGAGGUGAUAGGGAAUGAUCAAAUUUUAGUUAGGGGCAGGGUUUCAAAAAUUGGUGCAUCAGAUGAUUUGCAUUGGAAUCAGCCGGGACCAAUGCCGCCUUCUGAUAUCGAGUUAUUCAAGCAAGAUUCCAACUGA